AUGCGGGAGGAUAAACUUCGAAUUCCCUUGACUCAGGGUUGUCAACUGGACUACACUGGACAUAUUCCAGUGUUGUGCCACUGGACUACUGGACAUAGUAAUUUAAUAAGUCCAAUAUGGUCCAGUCCAGUGGCUAAAGGCACUGGACAUAGUAAAAGUGACAACCCUGAUUCUGGUCAUUCAAAUGAUGUAGCUAAACUCCAAUAG